CACCCAUUCUUCCUUUUUAUCCAUCCACCACUCCAUCUCCCCUUCCACGUGAAAAACACAUGCUAACGUGGGCCCGCUUUGCCCACAGUUUAUGAACAGAGCACCCACCCACCGCUACCCACCACCACCACACCACUCGGCCUCGGCGUCGGCGUCGGCGUCGUCGUCUUCCUCGGAGCAGCAGUACCACUACCCUGCUCACUACUACUCGUCGGCACCACCACCCCACCACCACCACCACCCACACCCCGUCGCCGCCCACCACCCCCACCAGUACCACCCAUACAACCGGCCAAGGACGCCCACUCAGCACUACCCUCAGCCACCUCCACACGCGUACAACCCGUACCACUCCCCACCACGCCCCCGACGCGUCAAGGAGCACCGUCCCCCCACCCUUCUACCUCCGAUUGAAAGCAUCUGCUCGUCUUCAAAGCUCUCCGACGCGCCGCCACCUCUCUCGUCGCGUCACCACCGCCGUCCACGAUCAAGCGGCCACUCGCGCAACAACUCGGAUACAUCCUCGGAUCUCAUCCGUUACUCGUGCACCACCCCACGCACUCAGUCACCAGUCGACCACCACCACCAGAGGAGACCAACCUCGUCGCACCACUACCAGGUCAAGCAGGAGCCCCGCGACUACCACUCGCCGACCUUCUCUCACCAGUACACUCGCUACUACGACGAGCACCUUCCCCUGACACCCAUGUCCAUCAAGUCGAUGGACUCUCCAAACAUGCAGCCCACUGACAUGCGCCGUUCGUCCACCUCGCCGGACCGACCCCUGGCCGUCCCUGAGGACAUUCAGCGCUCAAUGUCUCCCGCCGAGCGCCGGCUUCUCCAGACCAUGCCUCCUAUGCAGCAGCGCCCGGUGACCGUCUUCCCUGUCCAGCACACAUACACGUGGCCCCCGACCGCCGCCGACGGCGUCUCGUCGCCUGUCCCCGCUGCCGCUGCCGCCGCUACUACCCCAGCUGCUGGCACUGCCGAGAAGGACCGCAACAUUGCCAUCGACCCCGCACUGUCGUCGGUCCGCUCGUCGACCGACGCCGCGGUCGCUGCCACUGCCCCUGCUACCGGUGUUCCCGAGAUCCGUCUGCCCGAGACGCUCGACUCGGCUUCUGCUGCGGCGAUUGAGGACGAGUCGUCCAAGAUGCAGGUCGACCCCCCUGCGAGCCUUUCUGCUUCGCUCGAGCUCCCUAAGAAGGAGACUCCCUUCUCGCGUUCUCCCGAACUCCGUGUUAGCCACAAGCUCGCUGAGCGCAAGCGCCGAAAGGAGAUGAGAGAUCUCUUCGACGAGCUUCGCGAGCAGCUUCCGGCCGACCGCGGAAUGAAGGCCAGCAAGUGGGAGAUACUCAGCAAGGCUGUCGACUACAUUAGCCACCUCAAGUCGCAGGCCGCCGACGCCCACCGCACCAUUGACAUGCUGCACCGCGACCUGGCUAUCGCCCGUGGAGAGAACCCAAACACGACUUGGACGUCGUCCUACCACGGCUUUAGCAGCACACUUCCUCAGUAUGUUCCGCACGCUGGCGCUGCUGCAGCUGCUGCGGCUGCGGCUGCCGCUGUUCCUGCCGCCGCUCCUGCCGCUCCAGCUGCUGCGGCCCCCGCCCCGGCUGCUGCUGCUCCCGCUCCGGCUCCUGCGGCCGUCACCACCCCUGCCCCAGCAGCUGCUGUCCCGGCCGCUCCUGCCGCCGUGACUCCCCAGCCCGCUGCUACCACCCCGGCCGCGCAGCCCCAGCCUGCAGCUGCCGCCCCCGCCGCCCCCGUUGUGGCAAAGACAACCUAGAGAUACCCGUCUUAUUAUUCACCCACCAUUUUACACGAUCUUUACGGCCCCAGUGGUUAGACAUUCCCCACACGUAGAGUCCCUUAUACUCCGUGAUAUUAGUCGACCGUAAUGAGCAGAAAUGUGAC